UGGGUAUAUGGCUCAGGGAAAAAAGCCUGACUACUUAUUUGCAUUUAUGAAAUGUCAAUUUCGAUUGAGACAUUUUGUUGCGGAGAAUGCCAGACUUAUGGCUAGAAUCAAAGGAUUGGAACAGAUCGCAAAAGAAAAAGACGAGCUUGAGGUUAGAAUUGUGGAAUUAGAACAGACUACAAAGUUAACCGGAAAAUGCCGAGCUCAAGAAUGA